AUGAGAGGCAUCCUCGGCCUUUCCCUGCUGCCACUACUAGCAGCGGCCUCCCCCGUUGCUGUUGACUCCAUCCACAACGGAGCGGCUCCCAUUCUUUCGGCCUCAAAUGCCAAAGAGGUUCCAGACUCUUACAUUGUCGUCUUCAAGAAGCAUGUUUCCGCUGAAACGGCUGCUGCUCAUCACACCUGGGUGCAGGACAUCCACGAUUCGAUGACUGGACGCAUCGACCUGAAGAAGCGCUCUCUUUUUGGUUUCAGUGAUGACCUUUACCUCGGUCUCAAGAACACCUUCGAUAUCGCCGGGUCCCUAGCGGGCUACUCCGGACAUUUCCAUGAGGAUGUGAUCGAGCAGGUCCGGAGACAUCCUGAUGUUGAAUACAUCGAGAAAGACACCGAAGUCCACACCAUGGAGGAGACAACCGAGAAGAAUGCUCCCUGGGGCUUGGCUCGUAUCUCUCACCGUGACAGCCUCUCGUUCGGUACCUUUAACAAGUACCUGUAUGCUUCGGAAGGCGGUGAGGGUGUCGAUGCUUAUACUAUUGACACUGGUAUCAACAUUGAGCAUGUCGAUUUCGAGGAUCGAGCACACUGGGGAAAGACCAUCCCUAGCAAUGAUGAGGAUGCGGAUGGCAACGGACACGGAACUCACUGCUCCGGAACCAUUGCUGGUAAGAAGUACGGUGUUGCCAAGAAGGCCAACAUCUAUGCCGUCAAGGUCUUGAGGUCCAGCGGUUCUGGCACUAUGUCCGAUGUCGUUCUGGGUGUCGAGUGGGCCGUCCAGUCCCACCUCAAGAAGGCUAAGGACGCCAAAGAUGGCAAGGUCAAGGGUUUCAAGGGCAGCGUUGCCAACAUGAGUCUUGGUGGUGGCAAGUCCAGGACCCUUGAGGCUGCUGUCAAUGCUGGUGUUGAGGCUGGUCUUCACUUCGCCGUUGCUGCUGGUAACGACAAUGCCGAUGCCUGCAACUACUCCCCUGCUGCCGCUGAGAAUGCCAUCACUGUCGGUGCCUCGACCCUUCAGGAUGAGCGUGCUUACUUCUCCAACUACGGAAAGUGCACUGACAUCUUUGCCCCGGGUCUCAACAUUCUUUCCACCUGGACUGGCAGCAAGCACGCUGUCAACACCAUCUCUGGAACCUCUAUGGCUUCUCCUCACAUUGCUGGUCUGCUGGCCUACUUCGUUUCUCUGCAGCCUGCUCAGGACUCUGCUUUCGCUGUCGAUGAGCUUACUCCUGCCAAGCUCAAGAAGGAUAUCAUCUCCAUCGCCACCCAGGGUGCCCUUACUGAUAUCCCAUCUGACACCCCCAACCUUCUCGCCUGGAACGGCGGUGGUGCCGACAACUACACCCAGAUUGUCGCCAAGGGUGGAUACAAGGCCGGCAGUGACAACCUUAAGGACCGCUUUGACGGACUAGUCAACAAGGCCGAGAAGUUGCUCGCUGAGGAGCUUGGAGCUAUUUACAGUGAGAUCCAGGGUGCUGUUGUUGCAUAG